GUGGACCUCCAAAAGUCUUAGAUGGGACCCCCAGGGAUCAUAUAAAAACUUAUUGGAAAUAAACUAAUCUAAAAUACUAAACUACGAAGCUGCGGCUCCAAAUGAAAUCACGAGAAAGUGAGACUAACUCUAUAGCAAGAUGGCUGAAGGUGAGGUGACCAAGCUACAGAAUCACCUGAGCUUACUGCGCGAAGAAUAUGUGAAACUCCAAGAGCGCUUGGUCGACGUGGAGAAGAAAUACCAUGUUGCUAUAGCAACAACUGGACAGAGCGCUGGCGGUGACGACAGCUUCGUCUCCCGAUUGCUCAAGACGGUCGGCGAACUGUUCAACAAAGAGACCUACAGUGAUAUCACCAUCCUGCUCCAAGGUGGAGAGAUCAAAGCCCACAAGUUCAUUAUGACAGCACGUUCCAGUGACUGGGGUCCUGGAAUAGAAAUUUCUAAGGUGUCCCAGCUGGAUCUCACAGAUAUCAGCUAUGAUGUUGCAUACGCCUUACUGAAGUGGGUCUACACAGAUGAGAUAAACAUAAAGAGCGAAGAGACAUUCCUGUUGGAACUGCUGAAGGUUUCUGCUCGGUUCCAGUUGGAUAGUCUUGGAACAAGGUGUGAGAAUGCAUUGAUGUCAUUCGUUACUAUGAAGAACUGCAUCAAGUUCUAUCAAUCUGCCGAAGAAAUGGCUGCCAGCAUACUCAAGAAGCACUGCUCUGAGCUGAUAUCCUCUCAUUGGGAUGAUUUUACGAGUGAGGAUUUUGCAAACAUGCCUGCAGCCCUUUUAUACAGGAUGUUCAAAUCGAAAUCUGAGUACGUACUCCAUACAGCCAUAAGGGUGAAGAGAGAGGACGUGGUGUUCCUCUACCUGAUCGAGUUCGACUCCCAGCUGAGCGUGAAGCUGAACGAAUUGGACACCCGUGGAGACAUACCUUUAGAUUUGGCUCUACUGAGCCGGCAGGAGAGCAUCGCACAACUCCUGGUCUCACACAGGGCCGACGUGAAUCGUAAAGACAACACAGGCCGCAGUCUUCUGCACAAAGCUAUAAAAAGAGGUGACUCCUUCUCAGCAAUAUUCCUCAUUCGCAACAAGGCUGACAUCAAUGCCAUAACCCACCUUGAUCAAGAAUGUCCUUUACACAUGGUCGCCUCCUAUCGGCCAGAAGACAGUGAUUCACAGCUCAUCGACGGAAUGGCACAGGUGUGCCAGGAGCUCUUACUCAACGGGGCCAACCCAAAUGCCCAAUCCACAGACGGCAGCACUCCCUUGCAUCGAGCUGUUUAUAAUAGAAACCGAGCUGUAUUCGAUGUUCUUCUGAAGCAUGGAUGCUUGAACCUAGAAUUAAAGAAUGCUGAUAGCCAAACAGCUCUUUGGUUGGCAUUACAGGUACGAAAAGAUUUAUAUUCCAUGGUUUUCUUUCAAAAUUUUUUUUUAGAAUUACUUGAUUUUUGUUUUUAUUUUGAGGUUUACUCACAGUUGAGGGGUUGUAGUUUCGAAUCUCAGACCAGGCGAUAUGUAUCCGACUUUUGUGACCUUUGGUUAUGCUUUUUUUCAGGAGAUUCUCUGUUGAUACAGACAACAGGGUCUGGAAAUGGAAGUGCUGGAAUAUUCUUGGCCAACAAUGGUGCUCUGGUGAACCAUGUGAACUUCAAGGUUAGAGCUCUGUACACCGAGGUAGACGAAGAUGGCAAUGACAAAGCAGCGCCUGUCGGCAAGCAAACACCACUGCACCUGGCCAUAAUACACAAGUAUGAGGAGAUCGUCAGUCUCUUUUUGGAGCACAAAGGGACCCCUGAGGGUGAUGCUCCUCUACAGCUGGCGAUCAAGCGCCACCUUCCUGUCAUUGUAGAGGCCCUGUGUGCCAGUGGCGUCAACAUGAACAUAGUGGACAAGGACAACAACUGUCCCCUUUGGCUGGCCUUGGAUUCGGGACAGGAAGACAUUGCACACAUCUUGGUAAAACAUGGCUGUGAUGUAGACAUGUGGGGGGAAGGCCCUGACGGAUGCCAGCAGAACCUACUCCACCAGGCUAUAGACGAGAACAAUGAAGCGGUUUCAUGCUUUCUCAUUCGUAGCGCUUGUGAUAAAAACAGCCCCAGAAGACCGGGGCCCAACGAAGAAGGAGGCGAAGAGGCCAGGUAUAUUAUUAUUAUUACUGAUAACAAGGGCCGUAACUUCCUCCAUACAGCCAUCAUGAACGGUGACAUAGAGAGUGUCCUCUUCCUCAUAAGUGUACACGCCGACGUGAACUCCCGCGUACAGGAUGCUCAACAGUACACGCCACUGCACCUUGCUGUUUUGGCCCUCUCCGAAAUUAUAACACGCAAUCUGAUCCUGGCUGGUGCCGAUGUGAACGAACGUACAUUGCAUGGAGAAUCAGCCCUGCAUCUGUCGUCGAUGAACGAUAACGCCAGUCUAGUCACUGCUCUCCUUGAAAAUGGUGUUGAGAUUAAUGCUGUCGAUGAAAACCAAAACAAUGCCUUACACAUUGCUGUUGCCCACGGCAACAUGCACACGAUACGAUGUCUGCUGACGGAGUCGACCAUCGAGGCCGAAGUACCCAAUGGAAAGGGUCAGAACCCUUUACACAUCCUCUGCCAAUAUGGGAAAGAUAACGCAGCAGCAAUCUUUGAGUUGUUUCGAGAAGCAAUGCCUGAUUAUCCGAUCGACGCACCAGACAUGGAAGGAAACAGCGCUCUCCUCUUGGCGUAUCUCAAUGGUAACGGUCCCCUGUGUAGGGCCCUGGUUCGGGCCAACGCCUGCCUCGGUUUAACCAACAAACACGGCUGCAGUAUUUUCAAUGCUACGGUCGCAUCCAAGCAACUUAUAUUUAAAUUACUCGACAUGUUGUCUAAAGAACCUCCAUGGUGUGACGGUGAAAAUUGUCUGGAGUGUGGGGUGAAGUUUGGAAUCAAAACACGGAAACAUCACUGGUAAGUCAAAGAAUUUCUAAUGGCUUUGUUUUGUUGUGUUUUGGGAGGGUCUUAACAUUAAUAAUAAUAAUAAUAAUAAUGAUAACACACGCACAGGUCCACUUUCACUUCUUUGUUAGUCAAAGUUCUUUCAUUGCUGUUCAUGACCUUUUCAAUGAUUUAGUAA